AUGUUGUCAAUAGAAGAUGAAAGUCUGUAUUGUCCUCCACUGCUUGAUAAUCUAUGUUGGCCGCAAACACUGGCGAAUGAUUCGGUGACCAUGCCAUGCGCAUCAUUGGCUAUGGGAGGCGUCGAUCCAAGCAAAUUUGUCACACGUCGAUGCCUUCCGUCAGGUAAUUGGGCCAAUGUUUCGUAUAAACCAUGCGUGUAUCCGGAUGUGUGGGAAUUAAUGAUGAAAUUUUACAUCCCAAGAACAGUCGAUCAAAGAAAAACUUAUACAGAUAUUCUACAAGCUGUUCGUAUCAUUGAACUUAUUGGAUUAUCAGUAUCAUUCGUCAGUGUUCUUGUUUCACUUUUAAUAUUUCUAACAUUCAGAUCACUCUAUUGCAGCCGAACGAAGAUUCAUAUCAAUCUUUUAUUAGCCAUCUUUAUUCAAAUCGUCGCACGCAUAGUUAACUAUGGUAUCGAAAUGAAACAAAGGAAUACACCAUCGCAUUUUGUACCACUGGCAUGUGGUACGAAUGCAAGUACUCCUUCGCCGGCGGCUCCAUCUGUGUUGACUUAUCUAUGUCCAUUGAAAGUUGUCUUUCUCCAGUUCAGUAUCAGUGCCAUGUUUAUGUGGAUGCUUUGUGAAGGCAUUCACUUGAAUAAUGUUUUAACUGUUAGUGUAUUUAAGAAUCAUUUUAAAACUUAUUACUUCUAUAUCAUCGGAUGGAUUGUACCUUUUUGUAUUACCUUGAGUUGGAGUAUUGUUAUGUUCCUGAAAGAAAGUGGACGAAAAUGUUGGGCAAAUUAUAAUUAUUUGAAAUAUUAUUACAUUGUCGAUGGGCCUCGAUAUGCAGUGAUGAUCAUAAAUGUUAUCUUUCUGUUGAAUAUCAUUCGAGUACUGUUGGUUAAAAUUAAAGAAGGUUCGGAAAAACAGUUACGUGAUAAGUACGUGAAUGUCACUAAAACCUUGUCGAUUCGCAGCAAGUCUUCUUCGAAAGAGAUUCGUUUUCCUAAAAAGAAACCUACGUCUAAACAUCCUCCCGGCAUCUUAUCUAGCUUGAAGAGUUGCAUUCAUCGUCGAACCCGACGUGGAUCAAUGAAUACAAGAUUUGUUAGAAAAGCAGUCAAAGCAGCUGUUUUUCUUUUACCAUUAUUGGGUAUCACACAUAUGUUGGAAACAUUUGUUUCACCUGACCGUCAAUCAAUUCCAUUGUUUGCACUUUAUUGUUCGGUGACGUAUUUCUUGGUCACGUUUCAAGGAUUUUUCUGUUCAUUACUUUAUUGUUUCUUGAAUACUGAAGUCCGAGACACUGUAUCUCGUCGUUUGCGAUCUACGCACACAUGGACAAGUUGUAAGCAAUGGCUAGGACGAAAUGAUCGAUACGAAAAAGACAUGUGUAGUAGUGCUGAUCGAACACGAUUGGAAUUAUUAAUCUCGCGAUCUGUUUCACGACCGAAAGAAAGCACGGUUCAAAUAGAUGAUCGUCGAUUGACAACUGAUGUUGACGAUUCUUGUAUUCAACCAUUGAAAACGACUUGUUAA